GAGACUAGAGUAGCAACUCUCUAGCUUUAUUUUGUUCUAUGUACAUACAUAUGCAUAUGUAUUUAUAUACAUACACAACGUCACACAUUGCACAUUGACAUUGCACACAUUGUAAUUCGUGACAUCGAACAGUCGAGAGCGGUCGAGAUCAAACAUUUGGAGAAAAACAAAAGAAAUUGCAUCAUAAUAUUGAUUAAAACUUUAUUUAAAAAAACAACAUAAAAAUGAUGCUAGCAAGAGUUUGUCGAGCAACAAUUUCGUCUCAAGUAACAUCCUUGUUGAAGGCACCAGUUGUACCAAGGAUUAAUAAAUUUCAACCUAAACGUCUUUAUUCCAGUAAUGGAGGUUCAACUUAUGCACGUUCAGCAAGAGCGGCAAGAGCUGAAGCUGAGAGUUUAUCUAGACCUGCAGGUGAAACAGCUUUUAAUGUAGGCAAAGGCUUUGCUGCUGGUGGUGCUGCAAUUGGUCUUGGAGCUUUGUGUUAUUAUGGAGCUGGUUUGUCAUCAGCCACUGGUGCCAUAGAUCAUGCUGCAUUUUGGCCUGAAUAUGUUAAGGAACGAAUUCAAACAACCUACAUGUAUUUUGGUGGUUCAAUAGUAAUCAGUACAGCAUCAGCAGUUGCAUGCUUGCGUUCACAAGCAUUAAUGAGAUUCCUUAGUAGUGGUGGUCUUGUUGCUUUUGGUAUUUCAGUGGCAGCAAUGAUUGGAACAAGUGUACUUGUAAUGAGUUUACCAUACAAAGAAGGUUUUGGAGCUAAACAAAUGGCUUGGAUGUUACAUGCUGGCACUGUUGGUGCUUUUCUUGCUCCAAUAUCAUUUUUCGGUGGACCAUUAAUUUUAAGAGCAGCAUGUUAUACAGCUGGUAUUGUUGGUGGUUUAUCUGCAGUUGCUGCAUGUGCACCAAGUGAUAAAUUUUUAAAUAUUGGUGGACCACUUGGAAUCGGUUUGGGUGUUGUGUUUGCAAGUUGUGUUGGUAGUAUGUUUUUACCACCAACAACAGUACUUGGAUCUGGUUUACAUUCAAUAGCUUUAUAUGGUGGUCUUGUUUUAUUUUCAAUGUUUUUACUUUAUAAUACACAACGUGUUAUUCGGGAUGCUGAAACUCAUCCAGUUGCAUAUCGUAAAUAUCAAGGAAAUGCAGUCAGGGCUUUUGAUCCAAUUAAUCAUGGUGUAGCAAUUUAUAUGGAUACUGUCAACAUCUUCAUCAGAAUUGUACAAAUUCUUGCUAUGAGUCAAAAUGGAAAACGAAAAUAAAUAAUUUUAUCUAACUUUGUAUUAAUUUU